AUGGGAAAGAAAAACGCAGGCUCACCAGUGGCAAGUCGUCCUCGCGCGCCGAAGAGCACUGGCAAACCUCCAGGCAGGGGCUUCACAGGACACCGAGGACGCGGUCGGGGACGCGAUCAUACGGGCCACAGCCACAUCGACGUUGCAGGGAACGCGGAACGACCAGAGAGCGCCGUCGAUGAGGAGGAUGAGGAGGACGAAGACGAAGAUGAGGAAGGAUCCGAUGAUGGAGAAGAUGUCGAGAUUGAAGUUCCAGUUGCCAUGUGGGACUUCGACCACUGCGAUCCUCGUCGUUGUUCAGGGAAGAAAUUAUCUCGUCUGGGGCUAGUCAAAGAACUGCGCGUCGGGGCUCGAUUCCGAGGGAUUGUCGUCUCGCCGAAGGGAAAGCAGGUCAUAAGCCCCUCAGAUCGCCAGAUUGUGCUGGACGGUGGAUUGGCGGUCGUGGAGUGUUCCUGGGCGCGGUUGGACGACGUGCCUUUCAACAAGAUUGCUAGUCCAAACGAGCGACUGCUGCCCUAUCUUGUCGCUACGAACCCUGUCAACUACGGAAAGCCCUGGAGACUCAACUGUGUCGAGGCUCUAGCAGCUGCGUUCUACAUCACAGGAUUCGACUCGUAUGCUGAGAAACUCUUGUCAUCGUUUGGCUGGGGAGGGUCGUUCUACACGGUGAACAAAUCCUUCUUCGAGAGCUAUAAGAAGUGCGACACCGCUGGUGACGUCCAAGCUGCUCAAGACAAGGUUAUGGAGGAACUCGAAGAGAGCUGGAACGAGUCGCGAAAGAACAAAGGAGAACCCCGUGGAGUAGAAUCGGAGGACCUGCUCGUUGCCAAUCCAAACCGUGGACUUAUCCCAAGCGACGAUGAAGAAGACAACAAAGGACCGCCCGAUUCUGACUCUGAGCCCGAGGAGUCGAAGAGAAAUAAGUGA